AUGAAGAUGAUGCAAGUGGCAAAUAAAGCUAACAGACUCCAUGCGAACCGAGUGUUGUUUUGUCGCUCACAUCCAGCAAAGCCCGGCGAAACAAGCGAAAGGAACUUUGCGGAGCUCUUUUUCGAAACCGAGAACUUGGACGAAGAAAUGUUAAUUUGCCCGGGCAAAUUAGCAUUGACGUUGCAAAGGGUCUUCAAUUCACCACCAGGUGGCAAUAUUUCGAUGAGCAAAGUGGCAUUCACAUCACUCAUUAUGAAGCAGUAUUUCGCAUCUGAAUAUGCGAUUGAUGAUCGUUCAAGUGCUAGCCUCAAAAAUGUAGCUUCGGUAUACCCGAGCACUCAGUAA